AAUUUUUCAAUUUAGGAGAGACAACAAAUUAGCCUUAGCUUCUUGAAGUGUUCUUCUUCCUCCUCCAUAAACAUUUCUUUCUUUCUUUUUAUUUUUCUUUUUAUUUUUUCUUCCUUUUCUUCCCCAAGCCUCUUCAAAUAAUAAUAAUAUUAAAUAAAUAAUAAUAAAAAUGGAAGGAAAGGGAAAUGGAAUUGCCAAUUUUGUUGAGGGAGCACAGCCUUACAUUGCUAUGAUCUCUCUCCAAUUUGGCUAUGCUGGGAUGAACAUCAUCACCAAGGUAGCUCUCAACCGUGGAAUGAGCCAUUACGUUCUCGUCACCUAUCGACAAGCCUUUGCCACUAUUGCCCUCGCUCCGUUUGCGUUCUUCCUUGAAAGGAAAGUGAGACCCAAGAUUAGUUUCCCUAUGUUGAUGCAGAUUUUCCUUCUGGGUUUAUUAGGGCCAGUGAUUGAUCAAAACUUUUAUUAUGCUGGGUUGAAGCUCACUUCUCCUACCUUUUCAUGUGCCAUGAGUAAUAUGCUUCCUGCAAUGACAUUCAUCUUGGCUCUUCUUUGUAGGAUGGAGAAAUUGGAGAUGAAGAAAGUGAGGUGCCAAGCCAAGGUGGUGGGAACAUUGGUGACAGUGGGUGGAGCCAUUUUGAUGACUUUAUACAAAGGGAAUGUCAUAAGCUUCUUUUGGUCUCACCAUAAUUAUCUUCACUCUUCUACUUCUUCCAAUUACUACUCUUUUGAAAGCACUUAUCAAGAUUGGGUCAAGGGUUCCAUUCUUCUCCUUUUUGCCAAUCUUGCUUGGGCUUUGUUCUUCAUCAUUCAGGCAAUGACAUUGAGGAAUUACACAGCUCAUCUCUCACUUACAACCCUUGUUUGUUUCUUUGGGACUUUGCAAUCCAUGGCUGUCACCUUUGUAAUGGAAAACAAAGCUUCUGUUUGGAACAUUGGAUGGGACAUGAAUCUUCUUGCUUCUGUUUAUGCUGGAAUAGUUUCAUCAAGCAUAGCUUAUUAUGUCCAAGGGAUGAUUAUGCAAAAGAGAGGACCUGUAUUUGUCACAGCCUUUACCCCUAUGAUCAUGAUCAUUGUUGCUAUAAUGGGCUCUUUCAUGCUUGCUGAGAAGAUCUAUAUCGGACGUGUUGUUGGAGGAGUUGUAAUGGUGGUGGGGCUGUACUCAGUGUUAUGGGGAAAAUACAAAGAUUACAAAGAAAAAGAAGCAAUAAUAGAAGAGAUCAGCACCAUUGUUGAACCAGUGAAGCUUUUAAUAAGUGAAGGCAAAUUAGUUGAGCAGAAGAAGAAGAAGAAAUUAGCAACAAUCAUUGAAGAACAACAAGAAGAAGAAACGACAUCAACAUCAUCAAACGACAUUGAAACGCAAAGGAACGACACAACAUCAAAUGUCGACAAUAAUAAUAAUAAUGUUACAAAUUUGCUUUGUCCUCCUCCACUACCCAUUAUUGUUGUUAUACCUAUGGUUGAAGCACCACCAAAAGUUUGAUUUCAUUUUUUAAAAAAAAUUAGAAAAAAUUAAAAAUCUUUUGAAAAGAAAGAAAAAGAGAGAAAUAAAAAGUUGGAAAUGACCUUUGAAGAGUGGGAGGGAAAGGAAGGAUUUUUUACUUUUUUUUUUUUUUUUUCCAUCUAAUCUUUUAUCUUUAUCUUUUGUUUUUUUCUCUCUCUCUUUUGGACAAAUAAUAGGGUUGUAGAUUUUGAUUAUAUGUGAAUCAAAUUAACCAUAUAGUCUGUAAAUCUCAGACUGUUUUGUUAUUUCAUAAUUUCAAUACUUUUUUAUACGUUCCCCUUCUAAAUCCUAAUUAGGUAUGAUGUAUCAUUUUGCUUUAUUUUGUUCGGUGUUCGGUAUAAAUAACAUCUUUUGUUGCCUCUAAAUUUGUGUAAAAGAAACAGUUUAGUUC